AUGCUCGGUUAUUCCUAUGAACAUCGCCCAAUAACAGCCAUUGAAAUAAAUUGGUAUGAUCCCAGAAACUGUAAAAUGUCUUUAAAUCAGCCUAAACCAAUAACCACUGAAGAUUCAGGUAAUAUGAAGAAUCGUGAUAUUAUCUUUAUUGAAGGAGGGACACAUGCACGUGAAUGGAUAACGAUAUCGGUUGCUUUAAAUUGCAUUUAUCAAUUAACCGAACGGAAUACAACACAACGUGAUGUACUACGGAAAUUACGGUUCUUCAUAAUUCCAGUGGUCAAUCCUGAUGGUUAUGAAUAUUCCAGAACUAAGUUUUAUGGAUGGGUAGCACAUUACGGCGUUCCUCUCAUUAUCACCACAGAUUUAGGACGUCAGUUUGAAUCAACGAUCUUCCGAGAGUUGUCCAGAUUAUUGGGUAUCAAGCACAUUCACACGACAGCAUAUCACCCCCAAGCGAAUGGGAUGGUUGAACGUAUGCAUAGGACGUUGAAAGCUGCUUUGCGUUGCCAUAGUUCUAAUGACUGGACGCGCACUCUCCCAUUAAUUCUGCUAGGGUUGCGGACUACCCCAAAGGAAGAUCUAGGCGUCAGUUCCGCUGAAAUGUUUCAUGACGGUGUAAUGCCUAUGAUACCACUUGGUUUAAAAGAAACGAAAGAAAUUAGUUUUAUGGAUCCAUUUUCGGAUUUUAUUUUGGAACACUAUAGUGAAGAGCCUUCUAUAUACAUGGAUGCUAUUGCUGAUAUAACAGAUACAAGACAGGCUUCCAAAACGCCUUCACGUGAUGCACAAGGUGUUGCCUUACUCUUCCGGUAUUACAAUCUAUUGUAUUACGUCGAAAGAAGAUUCUUUCCGCCUGAUCGAAAUUUGGGAGUAUACUUCGAGUGGUAUGAUUCACUAACAGGUGUUCCCUCCUGUCAACGCACCAUUGCAUUCGAAAAGGCAUGCACACUUUUCAAUUUGGGUGCAAUUUACACACAAAUCGGUGCAAGACAUGAUCGCACAACUGAAAAGGGACUCGAUGCAGCUGUGGAUAGUUUCCUACGUGCUGCUGGUAUUUUUCGGCAUAUUUACGAUACUUUCACAAAUGCACCAUCCAUGGACUUGAAGCCACAGGUACUCGACGUAUUGGUUUCAUUGAUGUUGUCACAAGCACGUGAAUGCCUAUUUGAAAAAUUGCAGCUACAAAUUGAAGCUUUGGGCUUAACGGAAUCGAGUCAUCUUUUCAAAGAUUUAGCUGGCGAAGCAGCACAACUAACAUUGGAAUACAAUGAAAUGCACAAAAAUAUACAAACAAAUGAUACACACACAUAUUUGCCGGAAUGCUGGGCUGGUCUAGUACCGCUUAAAGCUGAAUUCUACAAAGCAUUGUCUCAUCAUUACGAAGCUCGUAGUAUUGAUGCAGCUGCAGACAAAACAUCUUUGAGCACAAAAAAGAGUCAAGCUCCCUCAUCGAAUGAAUCUUUUAUUGGCAAUGCGCGGGAGGCAUUGCGCGCAGCGGCUGCCAUUGAUGAAAGUGAGGAGGAUUGUGCUAGUGCCGCAGCUAUGAAACGCACCCAUCUUAAAGAAUCUUUGGCUAGUCAUGAAGAAGCGCAACGCUUGCAGCGCAUGUGUCGGUAUUUGAAGAACAAAACCUCUCUAAUACAAGUCAUAAAGGAAGCAUUUUAUAAGACGCAAGAUGAAUAUGAAAAAUUUAUGGAAGAAAUACCUGAAAGAGAAAUUGAAGAGGAUUUCGAUGUUCUUGACGUGGCAGUUGAAGCUUGCUCAAAAUUCACACUUUCACUUACGGGUCCAGAUUUUACUUCACAUAAAGUAGAAGAUCCAUUCAAACGCCUUGGUCCAAUAGCCAUAUUUUCUGCACGUCGUUACUGGACAGCGCCACGUUGUGUACGCUUACAAAAAGGCUCUAGUUUAUAUCACGAAAGUACAAUAUAUCAGUGUCACUGUCCGACACCGCAUGACGAACAUAAAGAGGAUUGCGCACACUAUAAAGAUGAAAUUGAUAGCUUCGGUUUUCAUGUACGUGGCGAUGCACCAGUAAUAAUAGCACACGUGGAAAUAAACUCUUUAGCGGAUCACAAGUUGGUAUAA